AUGUGUUCUUCCAAAGUGGCCAUUGCUCUCAUUGCUUCACUUGCCCUCUCUUCGGCUCUUCCAAUUCUUGAUGGAGUAAUCGGAGAAGGAGAUAAUGGAGGACUUGGAGGAGUUGUUGGUGGAGGAGACGGUGGUUUAGGAGGAAAAAAAGAGGAGGAAAUGGAGGAGGAAUUGGUGGAAUUUGUUCUUGGUGGUAAUCCAGGUGGAUUGGGUUUGCCGCUUCUCGGAAAUAUCACUGAAAUUCCAUCAUUUUUGACCGACAUCCUCGGAAAUCUUCCUGAAGAAACUAUUCAAAAAAUCACUGAUCUUCUUGGGGAAGAGCUUCCAAUCAGUGAGCUCCUCUCCCGACUCGAUGCUCUGCUCCCGGAGGGUGUUCUUGAGCAACUCUUGGCCACAGUCGCCGAUCUUGUCUCUAAACUUUUGGCUGCAAUUAGUAAAGUCCUCAGCAACCUUCAAUCAGUAUUCGACAAAUUGUCUACCAUUCUGAACAAUAAGGAUCUAUCACUUGAGAAACAGAAGGAAGCCGUUGAUGCUCUGAAGCAACAGUUCCCAGUUGAAAUCGACACCAUCUUCUACAUUGCUUCUCAAGUUGAAAAGACACUCCAAGGAGGAAACGGAGGAGUUGUUCCAGAACUUCCAGAGUUCCAUCUGUUCCUGGAACUCCAGAUAAUGCCAAACUCAAGCCGUACACCUGACGAGUGCGGCCCCAUCCGCCCCUUCCUCAUUCUGUUCUCCGUCGCUGGAAUCUUCGGAUCCCCAUUGUUGCUCUCCGCCACUCCGACCUACGAUGGAUUCGUAUACGCCGCCUUCUCGGUGAGCUUCACCUUCCACUGUGUUGCUCUGUUUGGAGCUCUGAAACAAAACCAGCUGGCUCUCUUGGCUAGUGAGAAUAUUCUUUUCUUUGUUCUCAUCGCCAUGUUCUUCUUAUACGGACUUCUUCCUAUAGCCCUGUCCAGUUGGAAGGCAUCCGGAAAGUCUUCGUAUAAGGACUACCCAUGGUAUCCAAUGCCAGAAACCAAGGGAAUGAAGACAAUACAUGCUGAAACCGAUUUCCGUUCUGGUGUCAAGGUUGGAGUCAUUGCUCAGGUAUUUCUGCUCUCCAUUUCUUCUACGUUGAAUACAAAAACUGACACAACAAAUUGA